CAUGAAUUGACAAUGGCGGAAUAUCACGUAAACAUGCGCUAAGGUUUGAUUAGUAUAGUGUUUUCUUCAUGUGUUCUUUAGGACGUGCAUAAAAUUAAAAAUUUCCAGUAAAAAUUCGAUUUUCGUUUGUUAUUAGUGGAACGUCGUGCAAAUCGUGUCAUACAUGUAGUUGAGUUUUCAAAGCGUUAAACUGCUACUGCUUAUUUUUAAAAGUUUAAUCUUUAGGAUAUUUUCACGAUUUUUAAAUUAAAACGGUAUUAAAAUGUGAAAAACAGUGAGUGCCAAAAAUUAUGAGACAAGGCCGAGGGACUUCGAGGAAAUCAAAAUGCCCUAGCCGUCGCGUAACCGCCCCCAGCACGCUGCCCGUCACCCUGGAGGACCCCGCCGCGCCCUGGAAGGGUGCGCCGCCUGGGCCCGAGCCGCAGGGCUUCGCGGGGGGCCCGGGCGCCUUCGGUUCAGGUCCGCCGGCCGGCUUCCAGGGCCCCCAGCCGCCCUUCCAGCAGGGUCCGCCGGCGGGCGCGGGCUCGCCGGCCGCGGCCAGCGCGCCGCCCUAUCAGGGGGGUGGCGGUCCCCCGCCAGGCGCUUCCACGCCGCAGUACACCGCGUCGCCGGCGCCCUCGGGCAGCUCGACGCCGGGGCCGACCGGACCAGGACCCCAGAAUGCGGGAGAUCUCACCUUUGCAGGAUUCCCGCCGCCGCCCAACAGCGCCGGACCGCCCUACAACGGCCCCGGCCCGGGCGGUCCCUUCGGCUCGCCAUCGGCGGGCGGCCCGCCGCCCUUCGGCCGUCCCGGCUCCUCGGGGCCGCCGUUCGUGGGGCCGGGCGGCAACCCGCACUUCCACAACUUCGGACCGGGGCCGGGCGGCUUCGGCAUGCCGCCCGGGUCGCCCUUCGGCCCCGGACCGGGCCACCCCAUAUCGGGACCGAUGGAACCGGGCCACGGACUCAUGGGACGAGGGAUGGGUGGGCCCAUGCCAGUCGAACAAGGAUCAUUACCUGUUCCUAGGCGGCAUACACCGUAUUUCGGACAGCCAGAUUAUAGAAUAUACGAAUUAAACAAGAGACUACAACAAAGGACGGAGGACAGUGAUAAUCUUUGGUGGGAUGCAUUUGCCACCGAAUUUUUUGAAGACGAUGCCUCAUUGACAUGCUUUUGUUUAGAAGAUGGUCCAAAACGAUAUACGAUCGGGAGGACGUUAAUUCCGAGGUACUUCCGAAGUAUAUUUGAAGGUGGAGUGACAGAGCUGUAUUAUAAUAUGAAGCAUCCCAAAGAGUCCUUCCACAACACUAGUAUUACUCUAGACUGUGAUCAGUGCACUAUGGUAACGCACCAUGGGAAACCUUUGUUUACCAAGGUGUGUACCGAAGGCCGCUUAAUCCUAGAAUUUACCUUCGACGACCUCAUGAGGAUAAAGUCGUGGCACUUCGCCGUGAGGACGCACCGAGAGCUCAUUCCCAGGUCCGUUGUGGCGAUGCACUCGCAACAGGACCCCAGUAUGCUGGAUCAACUGGGCAAGAACAUUACCAGGCAGGGUAUUACGAACUCUACACUUAAUUAUUUAAGGCUAUGUGUGAUACUAGAACCAAUGCAAGAACUGAUGUCGAGGAACAAGGCCUACGCCCUCAGUCCCAGAGAUUGUUUAAAAACGACCCUGUUUCAAAAGUGGCAACGUAUCAUCGCCCCGCCUGAAUCCCAGAGGCCCGCGAACAAGCGAAGGAAAAGGAAAGGAUCGAAUUCAGGCGGGGCAGCAAACAACGCGACACCAGCUCAACAAAAAAGGUCGCCAGGACCAAAUUUUUCGUUAGCGUCACAGGAUGUGAUGGUGGUGGGUGAACCUUCACUUAUGGGUGGCGAAUUCGGUGACGAAGACGAACGGCUCAUCACCAGAUUAGAAAACACUCAGUAUGAUGCAGCCAACUCGCUGGAUCAUGACAACCAUACCGGUGGGGGCUUCCAUGGGGCCGACUCGCCGAUGGCUGGUACCAACUCAUGGGGUGCAGGUUUAGGACCCGGAGGCGCCGGUCCAGGGGACAGGGGCCAGGGAGGAGCACCACCUGGCGGCUCGACACCCCAGGGCGGCGACUCGACGCAGGACAAAAAGUCGCCCGCUGUGAGCCAGUGAUGACAAAGAACCAGCGCACCCAAAGGCGGUGCCAACGGUGAAAGCAGUGCUAGUGGCGGCGGCGGUGGCGGCGCGCCAUCUACCGGAGCUCGCCCUCCGAUGACCAACGAUCCGCAAGUGCUGGGCGUGGACGGAAUCUCUCGGGCGUACUUACAUUGGUUGCAACUGCAACAGCAGCUACAGCAGGAACUAGCUAGGUUUUAUUUCAGAUAUAGAGGUGGAUCGGAACUAGAUAAGGUGGGACAGGGUCCGCAGGAUUUGAGUAAAAAAGGCAAAUAAUGAAAUUGGUUAUGAAUAUAUUUUAUUGGCUAUAUUGUCUGAGUAUUUUAUUUCAAAACCUACAGUGACUGCUUGUAUUAAUACAAUUGGAUAACCUGUAAUAUAAUGUGCAUUUGAAAAUCUUAGAAAAUGAAGUAUUACAAACAAGAAUCUUUUGAAAGGGAUCUUAUGAAGUAUAUAAGUUUUAUUCUUUUUAAGGUUUUAAUUGUCUUACAUCAAGAUUCAGAAUUAAAAAAAUGAAUGUAAAAAAUAAAGCAUCUUUUAUUUACUUGGAAAAUAAAUCUCAUGAUGGUCUUAUUUCAUAUUUUUUUAUAUGCAAACAGAAACUGGACCGCUAUACAAAAACAUAUAAUCAUAAGUAUAGAUGAUGAAUGAUCAACAACCUUAGAUGCUGGGCCCGAAUUCUGGAACUUCGACAUAAAAAUGGUACGCUUUCAAAGCGGAUUAGCCAAGCAGUCGAUUUUGGUUAUCUCGUUGCCGUGCGAUUCGUUUUCUGGAUACGCGUUGAGCACAUAUUGGCAGCAUCACAAUUUCUCAGUUAUCUAAUAGUUUACUAAUAGUCAAAUGUGAAUAAAACUUUGAGAUAAAACUAUGAAAAAUGACAAUGUUACGUGAAUUUCAUAACCUAUUGUUGAGUUAUGUCAACCUAUUUUUCUAUGGAUGUCAUUAUUCUUGUUAUACGAGGGAAAUGUUUAAGACGCUUCUAAGCAUUUUCGAUGUUUUAAACAAUAUUUGCCGUAAUAUUAUAAGUCGUAAAUUAUCAAUUGCCUAUUGGAGGAAUUUAUAGAAUAAGAAGUAGUUUUCAUUAAAUAGCAAGAAAACGCACAAAAUCACAAUUUUUACUGAGAGUUCUCCAAGCAAAACGAUCCUUUAAGGUAGCAGCGACGGCCUAGCUACG